UCUUACCGAUGAAGCAGACAAAAGAAUAAUCAUUCAUCAAUCAAACUAGCCGUAAGAGCCCAUGGCUAUUUGCUCAUCCCCUUCUUCUUCUUCUUCUUCUUCAUCGUCUUCGUCUUCUUCUUCUUCAUCUGAAUCUUCCAACAACGCUAAGCUAUGGAUCUUGCAUGGCAUUGCGGCUGGAGUUGCAAUCGCAGCUGCUGUCGGUGCUCGCGCUUACUUCAAUCGAUUUAAGAAAUUUCGGAGCCGCGUUGUUGGCAUCAUACCUGCCCGGUUCGCCUCGUCCCGGUUUCAGGGCAAACCUCUCGUUCACAUCCUUGGAAAGCCCAUGAUCCAGAGAACAUGGGAAAGGGCAAAAAUGGCUUCUACUUUGGAUCAUGUUGUUGUGGCCACUGAUGAUGAAAAGAUUGCUGAUUGCUGUCGACAUUUUGGAGCUGAUGUCAUAAUGACAUCAGAAUCUUGUCGAAAUGGUACUGAACGCUGCAAUGAAGCCCUUCAAAAGCUUGAGAAAAAAUAUGAUAUUGUUGUCAACAUUCAGGGUGAUGAGCCUCUUGUUGAGCCUGAGAUAAUAGAUGGUAUUGUAAAAGCAUUACAGGCAGCUCCAGAUGCAGUGUUUAGCACUGCUGUCACAUCUUUAAAACCUGAAGAUGCAAAUGAUCCAAACCGAGUGAAAUGUAUAGUAGAUAAUCGUGGUUAUGCCAUUUAUUUUUCACGAGGACUGAUCCCAUUCAACAAGUCAGGGAAGGUCAAUCCACAGUUUCCUUAUCUGCUUCACCUUGGAAUUCAGAGCUAUGAUGCGAAGUUCCUAAAAUUAUAUCCAGAUCUUCAGCCCACUCCAUUGCAACUUGAGGAGGAUCUGGAGCAACUUAAAGUCCUUGAGAAUGGCUAUAAGAUGAAGGUAAUAAAAGUGGACCACGAAGCUCAUGGUGUCGACACUCCAGAGGAUGUCGGCAAGAUAGAAUCUCUUAUGCGUGAGAGAAACUUGUCCUGAACUCUCAGCAUUCCGUGAGCUCAUCUACAUGCAGCUGUUUCUGUAAUUUUCCCCGUUCUUCUCAUGUGUCCUUCAACAUAAUGGAAGUGUUUUGAUUUAUAGAUUAUGUUGCAUGAUUAGCAUCCUGGUAGGACUGACUAGGUUUUCAUGUACUCCACAGGAACGGGAAUCUCAACUUUUGAUGCAUACGGUGGGUUGGUGUAGGAGGUUGAGGACUACUUUCUUUUCUUUUCUAGAGCUAUUCCUUGGUUUGGUUUUUGCCAUGUUGUUCCUUUUCUGCAUCUGUCGGUUGUAAAAGGCUAUGUUAGUCUUGGCUAAGCAGUGUCAUUGUACAAAAGUCAGGCUAUUAUGUUAUAUUAAAGUUAUAUAUUUGAUUAUUAUAUUAUCUCUAUUUUUGGUGUA